AUGAAGGCAGGAGGCGCAGUUGAAGGUGGUGAAGUAACAAAAGUACCAAGAGGGAACAGGGUGUUUGCCAUAAUAGACCUUAUUCUCAGAAUUGUGGCCAUUUCUGGAACAUUGGCAAGUGCUGUGGCAAUGGGAACUACAGAUGAAACUCUUCCUUUUUUCACUCAGUUCAUACGAUUCAGGGCUCAGUACGAUGACAUUCCGACCUUCCGGGUUUUUGUGAUUGUAAAUGCAACAGUAUGUGGAUAUCUAGUCUUGUCUCUAGCCAUUUCCACUUUUCACAUCGUGAAGAGCAGAGCGGCGAAGACUAGGACAGUGCUAAUCUUUUUGGACUCGAUAAUGCUAGCUGCAGUCUCUGCUGGAGCCUCAGCAGCAGCAGCAAUUGUGUAUUUAGCACAUAAUGGGAAUGCAUCAGCUAACUGGUCUGCUAUUUGCCAACAAUUCCAAAACUUCUGUGAGCGCACUUCUGGUUCUCUUAUUGGCUCAUUUGGUGCAGCACUUAUUUUCAUUCUGCUCAUCUUUCUGUCAGCCAUAGCAUUAUGUAGGCUCUGA